GUUUAGUCUCCAUUACAGUUGCUGCCAUUUUUUCGUACGAAGUUUGAAUCGGAAACCUUGAACCUGUCAUCUUCUCCUAAUCAUUUCCGAAGCAUGCUUCGCGCGAAGCAUGUCUUGUCUUCCACACAGAAAGCCUUACUCCAACACUCGCGUCUUCUAUCUUUCCCUUCAAAUCCGCCACACGUUCUCAGCACUCAAAGCCAUAAUAACUCUCUUCUAAGAGAAGCCCUUUUGCAAAUGGCCCUUUGUGGCCAUGACAUGGACUUCCAAGACUACAACACACUCUUAAUCUGGUGUGUGGCCAAAAGGGCCUUUAGAGAAGGGCAGAGAGUCCAUGCCCACAUGAUCAAAACUCACUUUGUUCCCUGUGUGUACCUGGGGACAAGGUUGGUCGUGUUCUAUGCCAAGUGUUGCUCUUUGGGAGAUGCUCGCCGCGUGUUCGAUGAAAUGCCGGACCGGAAUGUGGUGUCGUGGACGGCUCUGAUCUCGGCUUAUUCUCAGAGAGGGUAUGCCUAUCAAGCCUUGAGUCUUUUUGUGCAGAUGCUAAGAUCAGGUACAGAACCUAAUGCGUUCACUUUUGCUACUGUGCUUCCUUCAUGUAUAGGUUCUUUUGGUUUCAUCUUAGGGAGGCAAAUCCACUCUCUUAUCAUAAAAUUUAAGUACGAAGCACAUGUGUAUGUUGGAAGCUCACUCCUUGAUAUGUAUGCCAAACAUGGUAAAAUUCAUGAAGCUCGAAGAAUAUUUGAAUGCUUGCCCGUAAGAGAUGUAGUUUCUUGUACUGCAAUAAUCUCUGGAUAUGCUCAACUGGGUCUGGAUGAAGAAGCAUUGGAGCUAUUUCGCCGGUUGCAAGGGGAAGGAAUGCAAUCAAAUUAUGUUACUUAUACUAGUGUUUUAACUGCACUUUCUGGACUUGCUGCUCUUGAUCAUGGCAAGCAAGUGCACAACCAUCUUCUUCGCUCUGAAGUUCCCUCAUUUGUGGUUCUUCAAAACUCUUUGAUUGACAUGUACUCAAAAUGUGGAAACCUCACUUAUGCGAGAAGGGUAUUUGAUACCAUGCACGAGAGAACUGUGAUCUCUUGGAAUGCGAUGCUUGGUGGGUAUAGCAAACAUGGAGAGGGAAGAGAAGUGCUCGAGCUUUUCAAUUUAAUGAGAGAAGAAAACAAAGUCAAACCUGACAGUGUCACAGUUUUGGCCGUGUUAUCUGGUUGCAGUCAUGGAGGACUAGAAGAUAAGGGAAUGGAUAUUUUUUAUGCUAUGACCGGUGGAAAAAUUAGUGUUGAGCCAGUGACCAAGCACUAUGGGUGUGUCGUUGAUUUGCUUGGUCGUGCUGGUCGAGUGGAAGAAGCUUUCGAGUUCAUCAAAAAGAUGCCUUUUGAACCAUCAGCUGCUAUAUGGGGUUCCCUUUUAGGUGCUUGCAGUGUUCAUUCAAGUGUUGAAAUUGGUGAAUAUGUGGGUCACCGGCUCCUUGAAAUUGAGCCUGAAAAUGCUGGCAAUUAUGUUAUUCUGUCUAAUUUAUAUGCUUCCGCUGGAAGAUGGGAAGAUGUAAGAUCACUAAGGAACCUGAUGUUGAAGAAGGCUGUAAUAAAAGAGCCUGGAAGAAGCUGGAUUGAGCUUGAUCAAGUACUUCACACUUUCCAUGCUAGUGAUUGUUCGCAUCCAAGAAGAGAAGAAGUAUCUGCAAAAGUGCAGGAAUUAUCGGUCAGGUUUAAAGAAGCUGGUUAUGUUCCUGAUUUGAGUUGUGUUCUACAUGAUGUGGAUGAAGAGCAGAAGGAGAAGAUACUUCUAAGCCACAGUGAAAAGUUGGCUUUGUCUUUUGGGCUAAUUGCUACUCCUGAAAGUGUGACAAUCCGUGUAAUAAAAAAUCUUCGUAUUUGUGUUGAUUGCCAUAAUUUUGCUAAAUAUAUGUCAAAGAUUUACGGAAGAGAAGUGUCUUUGAGGGAUAAAAACCGGUUUCAUCGAAUUGUGGGAGGAAAAUGUUCCUGUGGAGAUUACUGGUGAGAAGAUCUUGAUAGAGAUCACUUGAUGAACUUCUAUAAUUCAUGAAAAAAGAGGCUCUUGGGAUUUGGUCUUCAAUCUGUUUUGAUACUGAAAUUAGAUAGUUUAACAGUAGAGUUGUAAUUCCACGGAGAAAAGGAGGAACAAAGAAGAUUGCUGAGGUGAACAAAGAAAUCUAGACUGACUAGUGACUAGGAUUGAGUAAUUUAUCACUGGAAUGUAAUUUUUAAGAGGAAUCAAAAAGCUUUAGUUGGAUUGUAGAAAGUAAUAGGGAAAACUGUCAUAUACUAUUGUGCAGUAAAAGUACUGCUUAUAUAGAAAAUAAAAAUGGAUCUUCUUAGUUUCUUUGUCAAAUUGUCAAUUGUUUGU